AUAAAGCCCCCACUCAAUUGCUCAACUUAUUAAUCAAUCUCCCCCCCCACACACACAACAUGAAGAAACUUGUGAACUUCUUUCUUCUUGUCAUUUUGCUACUUGAAAUAACAAUUUCUGUUGACUCUCAAAAUCCAUCACUCUUGAAAUUUGUGCUUCAAUGGCCACCAACUUUUUGUAUAGGACUAAAUUCAGCAGCACCACGAGGCAGAUGCAAAGAACCAAUUCUUCAGCAUAAUUUAACACUCCAUGGAGUUUGGCCAGCAGAUCAAAGAGGAUAUAGUAUUACAUGCCCUGUACCACAAGAUCCAAAUUGGAAUAAACUAUUUACAAGGACGUUAGAGAAUCAGCUCAUGGCAUUCUGGCCACCACUUAGAGACAACGCCCACAAAUGGGAUCUAUGGAAGCACGAGUGGCGCGCGCAUGGAGCGUGUGGACGAACCACACCAGAAGUAUACUUCAACACAGCAGUAAAGAUCAACAACAUGCUUCAAAAGGGCAACUUGUUCAAUUACUUGAAAACAAGUGGGAUUAUUGCUUGUGAUAGCUUGUCUUUUGCUAGAAAAGAUAUUGUUGAUGCUAUACAAAAGGUGUUUGUUUCAACUCCCCUUACUGUUUACCUAACAUGUAUUCCAAUUGAUGCAACAAAUAAAACUCAUAUUUACUUGAGUGAAGUUACAUUGUGCACUAAUUUGGGUGGCACUAGUUUCAUUUCAUGCCCUUUACCAGCUAAUCCAACAAGUUGUUCUAGUGGAGCUAGGAUUAUGCUACCUCAUCCAAAACCUCAGUAACUAUCGCCGCCAUCGCCACCACCACCAAGAUUACAAGAAGAAAUAGAUCUAGAUGGGAUAUAUCCUAAGUUUGAACAAUCAUGGGCUAUAUAUGUAUUCAACGGCUAAGAUUUAUGUUUGGCUUAGAAUAAUUAAUAUAAAUAAAUAAUGCACUCUCAGAGAGUGAAAAUAACUUGAUAUAUCUUGAAUAAAAGUUUUAUUUUAUU